AUCACGCACUCCUGCCAGAGACCAAACUAUUCGUAUCGUGCGUAGGUGUUGCUUGCUGUUGCAACGGACCAUCCAUCUAGUGCUUGCAUUGCUGUCGCACUCGCUCAGCUAUCUCCACCGCUAUUGGUUGUUGUUUGGUUACCCACGCCCUGCUCUCUGAUACCAGUUGAUAGCAGCAGCAGCUAGCUAUAGGUUGUCAGCAGGAUCGACCAGAUAGAUAGCGCGGAUCGGAAUUAACAGCGCUGCAGGAGGAUGGUGAAGAGCACGACGACGAUGGGGGCGGCGAGCUGCGGCGGCGGCGUGCUGCCGCUGGCGUCGCUGAACCACAUCAGCAUCGUGUGCCGGUCGGUGGAGGCGUCGCUGCGCUUCUACACGGACGUGCUCGGCUUCGUCCCUAUCCGCCGCCCCGGCUCUUUCGACUUCGGCGGCGCCUGGCUGUUCAACUACGGGAUCGGCAUCCACCUGCUGCAGUCGGAGGACCCCGGCAGCCUCCCGCCGGAGAAGGGAGAGAUCAACCCCAAGGACAACCAUAUCUCCUUCCAGUGCGAGAGCAUGGUGGCGGUGGAGCGGCGGCUGAAGGAGAUCGGCAUCCCGUACGUGCAGCGCUGCGUGGAGGAGGGCGGCAUCAACGUGGACCAGAUCUUCUUCCACGACCCCGACGGCUUCAUGAUCGAGAUCUGCAACUGCGACAACCUCCCCGUCGUCCCGCUCGCCGGCGACCAGCAGCGCGCGCCGGCCGCUUGCAGGCGGGCUCCGGCGGCGGUCAAUACCGUCAAGCAGCAGCAGCAGGGCAGCGUGGUGCCUGCUUCUUCCGCUCCGGUCACGACGGCGGCGGCGCAGUGCAUGCCGUCGGCGGCCACGGCGGCGCAAGCCAUCCGCGUCGCCGAGGAGUCGUCGUCGCACAUUUCGUGCGCGUGAUUAAUUACUAGCUUGUUGACGACGACGCCAGUGCAUGGAUUCGGCGCGGACGGUGACGAAGCAGGCACGAUGGAUCGACGAGCGCCGAGUCACGACCACAAGAGGCGUCUCUGUACAUGCGCGUGCGUGCGUGCGUGGGUGUAGGUGCUGUAUGUGCAGUGCACUCAAACUGCCUAGCUUUUUUUUAGUAAAGAAUAAACCCAUGGUACGGUGGGAGUGAAGAGACUAGUGCGUCCACUCCAUCA